AUGACCCUCGCAAGCCUAGUUAAGAGGGAAUCUAGCUCAGGGACGGAAUCGGAGUCGAAAUUAAAACCUCUGAGCCAUGAAUUGUUGGAAUCGAGGGUGCGGGCGUUGCAGGAACAAUGCAAACGAGACAAGUCCAGGUGGACGCAGAAAUACGGGAAACGGAAUCUCGCCAUGGCCAGGACGCACGAAGGCUCGAGGGCUCGGCUGAGGGACAUGGUCCGACGAACCAUCCUAGGCGAAGAGCUCAUCGUGAGCGCUAUCGGAGGUUCAGUGACGAACGGCCAUCAAGUCGACGCGAGCGAGACGUGGCUAAACAAACUUACAGAUUGGUUCAACACGGUGGUUCAGGCCAGCGAGAAUGGAUGGAAGGGAAUCAAUGGGGCGGUGCCGGCCACCGGAUCCGACUACUUCUCCUUUUGUCACGCCCUUCACAUUCCGACGUCAAUAUCCAACCUGAUCAUAAUCGAGCUAUCCGUCAACGACGAAUUUUUACCCGAACAUACCGAGAACAUGGAAAACCUCCUAAGGGGGAUUCUGGAAUCGCCCAACCGACCGGCCGUCAUCUUGGUCCAGGCGAUGGCAUUGUCUGGGAGGAGCAUGGCAGGGGGCGGAGAUGUGCACAUGCCUGUCGGGGUGUACUACGAUGUACCUAUAAUUACGCAGAGAAACCCUUUGGCGGCACAUUUCAUGAAGAACCCUGACCUCGUGCAUCCGUACUAUACCAUCAACUGGUGGCAGGAUCCUGACACGCGGCACAUCAAUGCAAGAGGUCACCAAGAUCUGGCCAACCUCGUAGCAUCGCUUGUGCAGGACACCGCGUGCGAGCUACAUUUCAAGACCCAACCUAGCGUACCUCUAUACCCGGCCUCAGAGUUUUAUGGAAAACCGUUCGACAUUCAGGAACAACGCGAGCUCGUCGCAGAGGACGACGAGUUUUGGCAAGAUCAGCCCAAGGACGUUAAACCUUGGGGUCCUUUCCAACCGGCGAAACAUGCCGAGGGCGAAUCAGGGCGGUUGUGGGAAGGCGUAUGGCCAGGAGACUGGCAGCACGGCGAGGUACCCAGGCUAAGAUUCUUGCAGCACUGGGACGAGGGGACGACGAAUGUGCCGUUGGAACCACAGUGUUUCAGCACGAGGAGCACUCUGUAUCCCCUGACACCCAAUACGAAUUCAGGCUGGUCAACCUGGUCACACCCCGACCGGCCCCAAAAAGUCUACCUCAAGGCCGACGAACCGGGUUCCAAGCUGACGUUCGAUAUCGAGACUCGAUUGGGGACGAUCAAGUUGUACAGCCUGAGAAGCAAAACGUUUGGGUUAGGCAGCAUCGACUGUUGGGUCGAUGACCGGGAGGAGGACAAGGUCAGAGCGGAUGGGUGGUGGGAUAACGGAGAUCUGAACAUUGGCAGGUUCACGACGGUCGCGACCGGUCUAGCACCGGGAAUGCAUACGGUCACAUGCGUCUUGUCGUCCGAGACGCUCGACCCGGAUGGCGGGACCGAGUUCCGGUUGAUCAGUCUCAUGAGGCGAGUCCCAAACGAAAGCGCACGGUGGAGGUCCGAAGGCUGA